CCCUAUUUGUAUUCCUUCGUUCCUUCCCCCCAAAAAACCAUAGAUUUUAGGAAUUCAAUUCUGCAGAAGCAAUGCGGAGGGAGAUACCUACUCGGAAAGGGAAAGCACAAGCUACAACGGAUCACACUGUUGACCGAAGGCUUCUUCGCUCCAAGUACCUCUCCUUCAAGAACCGAAUUUCCGAUGAGAGGGAUGAUAUAUCCAAAUUUGAUUCUCAUAAGUUGAUAACAUUGAUUGAAGAAGUGGAUAGCUUGCAUCAGCUAGUACAAAAUCCCAGGGAGCAAGUAGUAGAUGCUGAAGCUCUAUUUGACAUUACAGAUACACUGGUGACCUCCGUUAAAGCGUAUACUAAUGAUGGCUUGACACCUUCAGAGUUUGUUAGUUGCAUUCUUAGAGAUUUUCGACAAGAAGGUGGCGGACUAUGUAGUUACCGAAAUGAGCUAAGGAGUUCGAUAAGAUGGGAAGACAUUGGGGAAGCUGUCUCUGUUGUUUUCAGGAGUGCUCCUGGCUGUCGUACAAUGGUUGGGCCAAUGAACAAUGAGUUGAAGCGGCGUAAGCCUAUGGUUCGUAGAGAGCGUGCAAAACUUGCUAAAAAUACUCAACCAGAAGAGCUUGAUGAAAAGGAUCACGACAAAACCGCAACAGAUAAGAAUAUGGCUACUAUGUUUAAUGUCUUGAGGAAGAAUCGCAAAGCCAAGCUUGAAAAUCUAAUGUUAAACAGGAAGUCGUUUGCACAAACUGUGGAAAAUUUAUUUGCUCUAUCAUUUCUUAUAAAAGAUGGACGUGCUGAGAUUUUAGUGGACGCCAGUGGACAACAUCUAGUUUCCCCGAAGAAUGCUCCUAGUGCUGAUGCAAUUCAAUCUGGCGAGUCUGCUUAUAGUCAUUUUAUAUUCAGAUUCGACUUUAACGACUGGAAGUCAAUGUUGGACACUGUUGCUGCCGGGGAGGAAAUAAUGCCACAUAGAGCCGAGGUGAAUGAAGCAAGAAGUAACGCUGAAGCAGAAGUAGAGUUUGAUGGACCACAAGUUGCACAGCCUUCAAGUCAUAUAAGGAAAUUGUGCAGGAACCGAGGUUUAGUUAUGCGGGAGCAGACUGUCGAGGAAGUUUCACCUGAAAGUGACGGCAAUAAAGCUACUGGCAGGGCCACUGCCAUGCGUAGAGGGAAGCGAAAACUAUGAUGGUUGGCCAAUCUCUCCUUGGCUCGAUCAUUAAAAUUGUUUAUAUUUGAAGUAGAUGUGCAUAGUUUGGCUUAUCAGUUCUCUUUAACCCUAUUAGGACUGACCGGAGUAAUGGUUCGUUCCACUUUUUGUCCUCCCAAGGUCUGGCAAACUGCUGAACCUUGGGCAUCACUUGUUGAUGCUAAAUUUUGGGAAUAUUCAUGUAACUAAGUAGGAAUGAUUGUUGAAAUUUACAUUAUUUUUAUUUUUCUA